UUAAAGGGCAAAUUAGAAAAUCCCCGCGGAUCAGAAAAAAGAAAAAGAAAAAAAAAAAAACUUCAAAACAGUUUGCUUGCUUUCUUGCUUGCACGAUCUCUGAAGCAGAAUCCUACGUACACACUACACAGAUAUUUAACAAAUAUCAUCACACAUUUUUUCACACAAAAACCAAAUCCAAAAAUCACACCAAGAAAAGAAAAGAUAACCAAAACGAAACAAACACAGUCGCCAACGCCUUCUCUUCUCUUCUCUUCUCAUUCUCUUCUCUUGUCCCCUUCCUCCUUUAUCUUGGCUUUCUGGUUAAGCACGCAGAGAAGAGAGAAAAGAUAUAAAGAAUCCAAUAAAAAAGGAAACAAAAGAAAGGGAAAUAUAAGAAGCGUGAAAUUCUUUUUUGUACUCAAUAGUUCUCAGAAUCUCUAGUUGCAAAAUUGGAAAGCUACAUACAUCUCUGGCUCGUUUCUUCUAAAGUUGGUUUAGUAUAUCUUGUUCUUUCUGAUGGCGGAGGAGAAUAUCAGUUUACAAAUGACGCCAACCACACUUGAUGGGGACGGUUUAAGAAGAAACUCUACAGGAAAGGCUGUCUCUUCAAACAGCGGCAAAAAAGUUGUUCCUAAUUAUCUAAGAUCUUCUACUGGUUCCUGUCAUGACUUCUGUAAAUAUGGGAGGAAACACGCCUUCGAAGAGAAGUCGAGACAUCCUAUCAUGAAAAGGGUUGCAGCAAAACCAAACGACAGGCGAAGCUCGGUGGAUUCAGUGGCUUCUCUAGGGAGGAACAAGUCUUUUGCGGUCAAAACUCAGUCCCAGAAUGCCCCCAAUAUGACAAGAUCACUUGAUAGCCUGAAUUCUCUAAAGGGUGAUGUGAUUGCCGGGAAGAAGAAAACAUCGCUGGUCAAGCUCGAAGCUGAUUCAAAAUCUUACACAUAUGAAACCCCGAAAUCCAUAAAGCAGAAAGUGUCAGGUUCUACUGGAAAGCAGGAAGUCUCUUUGAAGAAAGGUUUGACAGAACCUAAGCUGAAAAACUCUUCUAGCACAAAUUCAAGUUCUCUGAAGCUGAAACCUGCUACGGGGAAGCCAAAGUCUUUAGGGGAAUCUGUGGGAAGGUUAAAUGGACGUGGUGACAUGAAGAUAGGCAAGACGACGGGGACCUCCCAAGUGGCUCUAAAGAAAGUGCAAGCAUCCCCGGCAGCUUCAUUGUCCUCUAAACCCUCGCAGGGUAAAGUUGCAAGCGCAAGUAUGAAGAACCGUAGCUUGAAGAAAGUUGCGCCUCCUCUUAAGAGUAAUAACGAGGUCAGAAGUUCUGAAGCUGCAGAACCUGAGAAUGAUGGUUUCCAGGAAAAGACCUUGUAUGUCAUCAAGAUGGAAAAUGAAAACAAUACCUUGGAGUUACCUCAGAACGAAACCUGUGCUAAGGAAGAGGAAUAUGUCAUGGAGAUGGAAACUGAAAACAAUAUAUUAGAAUCAGAUCAGAAUGAAACUCAUGCAACGGAAGUAGACUUUCUGCCACAUCCGUUGUCAUUAUCACCUGAGCCUUCCUCCUCUCCGGACCUUCUAUCCUCUUCACGGGUUGAAGAGGAGGAAGAUCAACAGGACUCUGAAUACACAAUAAGUGAAUCGGAAGACUACACUUACUCAGAGAACAGUGAUGCAGAAAGUGUGGAUAACUUGGAGAUGCUGGACAUGAAUAACAAGAUGCACAAAAGGCCUGGCUUGGAUUAUGCCGAAGAUGAGGAUGAGAAAGCAAUGAGAUUGAAGUUCAGGAGGGGAAAGGUGGUGGAGAUGCAACUAGAGAAUAACGCUGCGAGGAGGCUCAAGUUCAGGAGAGGGAGAGUGUUGGAUAACCAAGAUGUCGAUGCCGAUGCCCAGAGGAGAAGAUAUAAGACAAGAGAGGAAAUUGUCGACGAUUGUACUGAAACCAGUGCAGAGAAAGUCGUUUUGAAACAUCAAGAUGUGCAGGGGAAGAAAGACGCUCAGGGUUUGUUCAACAAUGUGAUUGAAGAAACAGCGAGUAAGCUCGUCGAAACCCGGAAGAGCAAGGUUAAGGCCUUGGUUGGUGCUUUUGAAACGGUGAUCUCGCUUCAAGACAACAAACCUUCUGCUGCAAACACAAGUCAAUUAAGUGGAAAAGAGUCUUCGUUUGAUUAACACAAAAACUAUAAACUUUUUUUUUUUUUUUUACCCUCAUAAAGCAGUCAGAAAUAAAUAAAUACAUAAAGCUUGCAAGGGAAAAUUUUUUAGUAUUCUACAAGCUUUUGGCCAUUGGGAAAAAUGUAAAGGUAGAUUGGUUUGGUUGACUUCUUCACACACAAUUCUCUGGACGGUAUGCUUUUCUUACCUUUAUCUUCCGAGUUUGAUUUCCUCAUAUGGUUUUGAUAAUUUGAUUCAGUGAAUAAAGAAGGGUAAACUCAUAAAGGAAA